AUGGCGUCACGAGAGUCCGGUCGAAUCCGGGAGGCGGAUAAAAAGCGUGUACUAGAUGAUGCUUCUCGAAAACGCCGUGCCCGCAAAGCACUCGAAGCUCUCGAGCAGGACAACUAUCACGAAGAUCCGCACGCUGACUUGGUGAUGUCAAAAAAGGUUCCUAAAUUUCAGGAUAAUUUAGAUGGAGGAAAUAACAACAACAGCAACAAAAAGAAGAGCAAACGCACCAAAGGGGCAGAAUACUACCGGGCUAAAUAUAGGAAAAAUUUCCCCCAGCUGUUGGAGGAAGACAAAAUGCAGCAUCCGGACGGACCGAACUACUUUACCGUUGCUGCCCAACCGUCGAAACUGCCAGAGCGCCAUUUCUGUGCCGUUUGUGGAUUUCCUUCCAGUUACACGUGCACGGCUUGCGGAACGCGAUAUUGCUCUGUACGUUGCUUGGGAACUCAUCAAGAUACGAGGUGCCUCAAAUGGACUGCGUAGUGGCGACAUUAAUCUUUAAUUGUUUAUAUUGUCUUGGAAUAAAUUGAAAUACAGUCAAGGUUAUUUUUUAAA